AAAAAUCGGAGCUUUGUUCUUUCUCUCUCUCCAUUCCCUUUUUUUUUUUUUUUUUUUGAAGGCAAAAAGAGGAACAGAGAAGAAUCCCGGCAAUACUUUCUUCCUCUCCCUUCCAAUCCCCCACCCCUUUCCUUCUUCUCUCUUUCCCUCCCGUUGUUUCAUCCUCGGAAAGUUUUUAUUUUUAGCAAGCUCAUUUUCGUCAUUGGCGUAAUCUUCUCCUUCGCUCUUUCCUUAUUAUUCUUCUUCUUCGCCAAAUUCUCUUUGCUUUUUGUGGCGCGAAGAAGCUUCAAAUUAGGGGGUAAUUAGAGGAGGGUUCUGAGAGUCCGAAAGGUGGCUGGGGUUGUUUCUCUCUUAGAGAUGGGUGCGAACGCGAACCCGUCGGGGAAUCAGGAUGGGACCCAUGGGGGACCUGGGCCCACUUCCUUGCACGAUGGAGGCGGCGGAGGAGGUGGAGGGGCCCCCGCCGGGAACCCUAGCAACGGCAGCACGGCGGCGGCGGGGGGUGGGAAUUUGGGCACGGCGCAGGCGUUGAAGCAUAAUCCGGGCCUUUCGAUGGAGUGGUCGGCGGAGGAGCAGGCCGUCCUAGAAGAAGGGCUAAACAAACAUGCAUCUGAAUCAACUAUAGUUCGUUAUGCAAAAAUUGCCAUGCAGCUGAAUGAUAAAACAGUCCGAGAUGUGGCCUUGCGGUGCAGAUGGAUGACUAAAAAGGAAAGUGGCAAGAGGAGGAGAGAGGAUCAUAACUUGUCAAGGAAAAGCAAAGAUAAAAAGGAAAGAGUUGCUGAUCAUUCUGCAAAACCACCAGCUAAUUUGGCAGCACGCCCUAAUGUUCUUCCAUAUGCUCCACCUAUGCUUCCUACGGAUGAUGAUGAAAUUUCAUAUAAAGAAAUUGGUGGUCCAACAGGACAGCUCCUUGAACAUAACGCGCAGAUCUUCAGUCAAAUUUCUGCAAACCUUGCCAACCUUCAGAUACAGGAAAACAUCAGUCUUUUUUGCCAAACACGGGACAAUAUUCUGACAAUCUUGAAAGAUUGGAACGAUAUGCCUGAAAUAAUGAAGCAGAUGCCACCACUUCCAGUGAAAAUAAACGAGGAGUUGGCCCACUCUAUCCUUCCAGGGACAGCUAUGCCAAUGCAAACAUGAUAUUAGACAUGUGGAUGAUCGUAUGUCUGGUUUGCCAUCUCUGUUGCAAGAACAAAUAAAGGCACCAGUCUGAUCUUGUCCUAGUUCAUUUUUCUUAGCAGUAAAUUAUCCGCUUAACCCUUCCCUGUGUCUACUCAUUCCCAGUUGCUUAUAUGUUCUCUAUACAAAUCCUGUGCAUUUGUUCUCGGCAUGAAAGUUAGAAUAUUUUUUGUAAGAAAUGUUUGUUGAACUGAUGAAAAGGAUUAGCUCUAUCUGCUUAUAAUUGAAUGGGUGUUCUCGAGAAUUCUCUAGUGUAGGUUUAAGUCUGAUAAACAUUUCUUGAAUGUUUUAAGAGAUUAAGAAAUCAUAAUGCUGCAAGACCAUAUUUGGUUUUGGCAUCUUGUUUUUUAUUUUAUUUUAUUUUUUGCAUGUGGUUCACUAAUUGCUGACUUGUGUACCAUCAUUAUCCAUUGUUCUAAGUGUAUGAGAUCUAAGAUACUGAAAAAAGAUUGCACUAGAAUUUCUCCUGAUCAUUGUGAUAUAGAUCUUGUUUUAAAUCAUCUUCAGAAGUUUAGCAUAGCAUGUUUCUUAUCCUCCAAGUUUGUGCUGUUGGAGUUAUCAAUGUGAAGGGUGGCCCGGUGGAUCCGAAGGCUCUAAAGCUUAGCUGUUGGUCCUGUGGGCGAGAGCCCGGGCAAAGCAUAAAGCUGUAAUGUUUGGCUUGGGCUUCUGCUUUACUGUUGGAAGGUCCUAGCUUUUUGUUUUUUUCUUUUAGGUGAUUCCUCGAGGGAAGAAAACAAGAAGGCAAAGAAAGACAAAAUACAAGUCUAUUUGCAGCAGAAGCACCAGGUCAGGAGGCACGGCAUCCCUAUCCAUUAAGUCCAAGUUCCUACAUCAUCCUAGUUAUCCUUGCUAGCAUCAAUUACCCUUAAUUGAUUUACCAACAAGGUAAGACCUAGGUUGUACUUCAAGUCAAGAUUUCGUUGGAAACAACAGCUGAAACUACAUCCAAAACUCGACUUCUUGUGCCUUGUUUGGGAAGCGAAUGGAGAUGUUAUCUUUGACCCGUUCCGAGGAAUGGCUGGUCCACCAAGAAUGUAAUGAAUGCUAUUUAUUUUUGAAAAUAAACUGAUCAAUAGCAUUUAUGAUGAA